GGGCAUUUUGGUCCUAUUACGGGGCAAUUCAUUUUCAGUCACCGUUAAUUGCUGACAGAAGAUCUCUCUGAGCCUCUGCUCCCUAGGGUUUAGGGAGGUCUUUGGUCGAUCGUCGGAAAAUAUUGAUUGGGAAUUUGGAAUAAGUACGGGCAAUGAAAAAGAGGAUAUAUUGAGCAAUGCAGAAGCUCAACUUGUUAUCUCGAUCUCUUGUUAGAACGCGAGGGUUCUGCACAUCUUCUAAUUCAAAUACAGAUAAGAUUGUUGCUGCUGUAUUGUUCGAGAGAUUACCAGUCGUUAUUCCAAAGAUUGAUCCCGUAGUCUAUGCAUUUCAGGAGUUCUCGUUUCUAUGGAGACAGCAAUACCGACGAAAAUAUCCGGAUGAGGUCUUAAGCAAGUCCGAUACCAGGGGAAAAGGUGACUACCAGAUUGACUAUGUACCAGCUCCACGGGCCACUGAAGCUGACAAAAAAAAUGAUAGAAGGUCAUUACAGCGAGCACUUGACAGACGACUUUAUCUUCUCCUCUAUGGUAGUGGUUAUGGGGCUCCAGCAGGAAAACCUGUCUGGCAUUUUCCUGAAAAAGUUUACGAGGAUGAAGAGACAUUACGCAAGUGUGCAGAGUCCGCAUUAAAAUAUGUAAUUGGAGACCUUUCCCACACAUAUUUUGUUGGGAAUUCUCCUUUUGCUCAUAUGGUUACAGAACCAACAGGGGAUGCACCUGACCUUCCUUCAUUUAAGCGGUUCUUCUUCAAAUCACAAGUUAUUGCUACCAACAAAUUCAAGAUUGGGAAGUGUGAGGAUUAUGUCUGGGUAACCAAAGAUGAAUUAUUGGAGUAUUUUCCAGAGCAAGCAGCCUUUCUUAACCAGAUGAUAAUCAGCUGAAUUUUCUUCCUUAUUAAGCUCUCCUUAGGUUUCCAGGCCUCAGUAUUUGAGUUUUGAACUUUGAAGCUUUUCUUCAUGUUCCAGUAACCAACAUGGAUUCCAUACAGUGACAAAAUUUGAGUUGUAAUGCAAAUCACAAGAAAAAAGAGAAAAAAGAAGAAAGAGUUGUGAGCGUGUCACGAGGAAGCAGAAAUCUGAGUAUUCUAUUGAAUGUUCCUUUUGUGGCUCAGGGACAUACUUUGCUGAUCGGGAAACUAUGCAUUUUUGUAGAAUAAAAUUUCCGUGCUUGGUGGCAUAUUAUUCUUUUGCAGCUCCACAUUACGGUUCUGAUUUCCAUGCUA